UUAGCCUAAAGAUCUUGUACACUAUGUUCCAUGGAGCACAGUUAUGGGAAUAUCCUGCUGUAAUUUACCAGAGUGAGGCAUCCACACGUGAUCUUCCUGUUAGUGCAAAGAUCUUGUACACUGCGUUCCGUGCAGCACAUUUAUGACAAUUUCUGGAAUUUACGUGAUCAGGGCGGCUACAUGUAUUUAUAUGUUAAUAUCUUGUGUCAAGCAGCAUGGUAAAGUAUAUCGCCCGAGGUGAUUUCGUACGCUGUGUUCCGAAUAACUGUACACAACUAUAUGUUCGUGAUCACAUUUGAAUGUUAGUCCAAGCGCCUUAUGUACUCUGCAUCUGGUCUACGCAAUUUCUCCUCUUCUUCUAAGCUUAAAAAGACAACUCUUAGUGUUUAUUACGGUGUUCCGUUGUAUUUUUUCAUUAUCUAAUUUACGCCAAAAUUGCAUAUAGGCAAAUUAUAUCUUUGAACAAGUGCCCUAUUUAGUGAAAUGCGAUAUUUUAAAGGGGUUUGACGGAACACAUUUAAAUUAAACUUGAGGUUAUUUCUGUUCCUUAAGUGAUCAGUGAGACUAAAUCACAUUUUUAAACGGACAUACUGUUGCUGCCUGAACUUUUCACAGGGCAUCAAUCAGUGACUAAAAACUUACUGGUCAAGCCUUCACCUCAUAGACACACACGCAAACACUCUCUCACACACACAAACACACAAUUGGCCUCCAUGACUGCGAGACAACCCCGGAGUGGGCAAUUGAUUGACGAGUGCCAAGUUCAAAGCAAGGACGCCGGAUCAUCUGCAAACAAACGUGUGAGCGGCAGUCCAGAGCUUUCAAUCAUAACGCACCACCGCGGAGUUUCGACACGAUGCCCUCAUCACAGCACGCGGAUUAAGGCAUCCAGGCGACAAUUUUAUUAAUGAUUGUCAUAUGAAAGCCAGAGAGGUCAAGCAUCCGGGAAAAGCGGAUGACGCUCGAUAUGGCUCAUCGUAUUCACUACCUCACUUUGAGAGCCUUUUAAUGGCGGUAGUGUCACCAGGAACAAGGAUUAGCAAAGGAAGGUAAAAAGUUAACCUCAGAGUCGUCAACGAAACCCCCGAACAUACAAGUGUUUGCAGGCUGGAACAGGCCGUUAGAAAUAGCCUCGCAUAAUGAGUCACAUGCUGCUUCAGCAAGAGGUUAUCUUAUUUAAAAAAACACAUUCCAAACAUUUUUCUCAAGACACCGUGUUUGGCUUUUUAGUUCAUUUUUUGGGGGGGAAACCGCGCAGAAAUAGUGGAAUGGUGGCGUACAAGGUCUUCUGACAGUUUUCUGGCAUAGAGUGUUAAAAAAAAAAAAAAAAAAAACCUGGGCAAUGAGUGCUGCAACAAGUAUAAGGAGAAGGAUUGUGACGCGCAGAAUGGUUGCAUACAAAGUCUUCCGUCCUUUCAUUUUCAUUGGGCCAGCGCAGGAAAUGAAUCAGGCGUCCACUAAAUAUAAAAAAAAUCAAGUACUGAAAAAUACAUCAAGAUGUUACAGGAGCUGAUAGGCUUCAUUAGCAUUGUGUCAUCUCUUCAUUAGCAUUGUGUCAUCUCAAAAAUAGUAACAUAAUGUAGGUUUAAACAUGUCGCUUACCUACUAAUACAUCACCCUCUUCAGGUCUGGCAGACAAACAAAAAUAAAACAAGUCCAUAAAGUAUCAACAUGAUUAUUGCAAUGUUUUAAACUUUGUUUCUAUUUUUGUUUCCCUUCAGUUUGAUUACCCAUAAUUUGAAUGAAUUUGCCUGAAUGAAUGAAAGCAUUCGAAAAUGUGCUAAUUGUUCAUUAACCUCCCAGAAAGAGCGGGGUCAUUAUAUGCUAGUUCUUUUUUCCCCCUCUCCUGCAGUUUUGACUGGCAAGCGUGCCGGGAAAAAUACGGCAAUUUAAAAAGACAUCAUGUCUCCCGCUCUCGAAGUAGGUCGUAGCUAAUUGCAUCUUUGCGGGAAAGUAGGACGGCUGGAAGCAGACACUAAAGCUAAAGUGACGAGAGGAUAAAUAAAUAACGCCCAAGUGACCUCAUGGACAUGUUGACACCCCCAGAACACUGCGCCUACUCUGAUACCUCCAGGCACUUUUUUUCACAAUCUGGGCUGAUAUUUUCGCGGCGAGGUGUCGCACACCUGGUUGCAGUGCCCAAGCUCCGCCCACGGCUGUCAUGGGGAUGGAAGCCAUGGUAGCAUUGGCAGUAGAGAUGAGAGAAGCGGGUCGUGAGCUGCUGCUGCUAUACGGAGGCGGGCGGGGGUCAUGCCGCCUGACGAGAUGGCACUUUGUCUUCUGCACAUCAAAAGGCACUUGAGGAUUGCACUCAGUCAACACUUCAUUGAAGGGGCUUCAAUCAGAAUCGGAGCAUGUUGCUGCAAAAUUGGAUCUUCUGACGACUGAAAGGAUGCUCAUUUCGGACCAGGAAUAUUCCAGCUCGCAGACUGGACACAUUUGAGGAGGAGGAGGAAAUGAUCGCUCUCCCGAUGGACUUCUUCAACUAGACUUCAGUUUAUCAAACCGCAAACACGCAGCUUCAUCCCAGCCAAUUUUUGGCAUCGGACUAAGAGCGAUGACGUCGGGAGACGAGCGGCGGUGGACGAAGGUGGAGUCGUAAUGACCAUGUGGCCCCCGAGAGGAUGAUCAGCUCAGCGGCGGCCCGCCCGGAUCGCUCUGCCGCCUCGUCUCGGGUGAUUAGGGAAAGCCCGCCGGACGCCGAGUCAGCACACUCGGACGCUGAGAUGACCCAAGAACAGUGCAGUCAUAGGAACAAUGUCCAGAGUUCAGAACAAGCGCAAGUGUACAAAGUGGGAAUCUACGGCUGGAGGAAACGCUGCCUUUACUUCUUCGUCCUGCUGCUGAUGAUACUCAUCCUCGUCAACCUGGCGCUCACCAUCUGGAUCCUCAAGGUCAUGAACUUCACCAUCGACGGCAUGGGCAACCUGAGAAUAACGGAGAAGGGCCUCAAGCUGGAAGGGGACUCGGAGUUCCUUCAGCCUCUUUAUGCCAAAGAAAUCCAGUCCAAACCAGGUCGCCCUCUGUACCUGCAGUCGUCCCGAAACGUGUCUGUCAACAUUGUCAACAGCAACAACCAGCUGCUCACGCAACUCGUAACAGGAUCCAGCGGGUUCAAAGCGCGAGGCAAGAUGUUCGAGGUCAAAUCCACGACGGGCAAGCUUCUGUUCUCGGCCGACGAGCAGGAAGUGGUGGUGGGCGCAGAGAGGCUCCGGGUGAUGGGCGCCCAGGGAGCCGUGUUCAGCAAGUCGGUGGAGACGCCGCACGUGCGGGCCGAGCCCUUCAAGGAGCUGCGGCUGGAGUCACCUACCCGCUCCCUGCUCAUGGAGGCCCCCAAAGGCAUCCAGAUCCUGGCUGAGGCCGGGGACAUCCAAGCCAUCUGCAGGAAUGAGCUGCGACUGGAGUCCAAAGACGGAGAGAUCUCCUUGGACGCCCGCCGUAUCCGCCUGAUGCGUCUUCCGGAGGGUAAGGCGUCCUCCAGCGCCUCGUCGUCCGGCACCAGGCAGACGGUCUACGAGGUGUGCGUUUGCCCCAACGGGAGACUUUUCCUCUCCCAGGCCGGCACCGGAUCCACCUGCCAAAUCAGUAGCAACAUCUGCCUCUAGGACUACCGAGCACGACGAUACGAGAGAUUCUGACUCAUGGAGUCUCAAACGGAACGGUCCCCGGACUGAUCUUUAAGGCCCUGAUCCGUAUUUUUCUAAAUAAGUGGGGGAAAAAAAGCCUCUGGACACUGUAUUUAUUACAUCAUAUUCCGUCGCUUUCUACGUUAGGGAAUUCAAUUCGCUAGACUGAGACUUUUUUGUUUUUGUUUUUUGUUUUUUAAUGUGUAUUGAUGCGGGCGGAGUCGGCCCAUCAGGAAUAUCGACAAGGAAUAAUUGCUCUGAAAUGGCGUGACCUAAAACUCCCAUACAAACGUUUUAUCACAUGAACAAUGAAAGGUAAUAGACGCUGAUCUAGUACCAGAACCACUAGAGUGAUCGGCAAGCCCCGCCCAAUCUCAUGUCACUCAUCCUCGCUUUGGAAUUAUUUUGGAUUCAUUGAAAGUUUUUCCUGUAACAUUUGGUGCUCAACAAAUGUAUUAGAUGGCCGCCCCAAUGCAAGUCUUGGCUGACUGCUGGAAUAUCAAUAUUGUUGUCAUCUAUGAAUUUUCAAAUUUAUAGUUUCAUACAAACAAAUGUUUUAGGGGUUGAAUGGUAAAAACAGAGUCUGCAUUUAAGCACUUCAUGAUGCUGGAUGCGCUCUGAGACGGUGGCCCUCUCAAGUUUGUGUUUGAAAAAAUUGGUCGAGCUUUGAGAGCGAACUGAAAGAAAGAAUAUGCUUUAAAGCACGUUAUGAGGCUUGGCUGCUCUCUGACUCAAAUAGGCGGCGCUCUCAAAUUUGGGUCGCAACAUAGUGAAUUCACUUUUGAAAUUCCGCAUCCUUGUUUAAUAGUAGACCAUCGAGACCACACUGAAAUUUUAAAAGAGUCCGCAUUAAAGCAUUCCAUGAUGCUGGAUAUGUCUCUGAGACAAAAAGGUUGCCAACUCAAAUUUGAGUAUGAAUUCAGCUAAUUAAUUUAAAAAUUCUUCAUUCGGCGGGACACUGACCGACUGGUUAGCAAAUCUGCCUCACAGUUCUGAGGACCGGGGUUAAAAUCCCGGCCCCGCCUCUGUGGAAUUUGCAUGUUCUCCCCGUGCCUGUGUAGGUUUUCUUUGGGUACUCCGGUUUCCUCCCACAUCCCAAAAACAUGCAGGGUAGGCUAAUUGAAGAUUCUAAAUUGCCCGUAGGUGUGAAUGUGAGUGCAAAUGGUUGUUUGUUUAUAUGUGCCCUGCGAUUGGCUGGCGACCAGUUCAGGGUGUACCUCGCCUCUCGCCCGGCGAUAGCUGGGAUAGGCUCCAGCACGCCCGUGACCCUCGUGAGGACAAGCGGAACGGAAGAUGAAUGAAUGAAUUCUUCAUUCUUGUUAAAUAUGGUAAAAUGUCAAAAGCGCUGUAAAAUCGAAAGAGUCCACAAUAAAGCACUCCGUGACAUUGGUUAUUCUCCUGAGAAAAAUAGGUGGCCAUCUCAAAUGUGUUGCUAAAAAAAAAGGUAAAUUCCUCAUUUCGGUUGCACAUCGUAGAAUCUGGAGCGCGCGCAAAGAUUUUUUUUAGAUUCAAGCAUGUCAUGAUGCACUCAGAGUGAGAUACGUGGCUAGCUUACAUUUGGAUAUGAAAAGGGGGAAUUCAGUUUUGAAAUUCCUCAUGCUAGCACAUGGCGAGCACACUGACAUUUUGAAAGCGUCCGCAUUAAAGCAGGACAUGUUGGUCUUCUACGUUUGCUAAGCACUUUGACAGCAUUAUAAAUCCCUACUUUGCUUGUCCAGUGUGGCUCAGUCCAACUUGGAAGCAGCAACUCUCAGAUCUCCUCCUGAUCCGAUCCCCCAAAAAAGGUUUAAUUGCAUACAGGAGCAUUUAUUAAACAUUAAUAGGAAAAUUCCCAAAACAAACCGAAAAGCUUGAGGAAUUUUGAUCUCAUGUGGAGCGUGCCCAGCGAAUGUGCCGGCAAAUUACAAAGCUACGGGCGACAUUCCGUCUGGCUGAAAACAACAAUCCCGACCCAAAAAAUUGAAUUGACUUAACUGUGAAAUCAGCUUCUCUUGUGCCAAAAUUUCACCUUUUUUUUUUUUUUUUGGUUGUUUUUUUUCCACCCACUUGUGCCACUCUCCCGGCUCCCGAAGGCUCAUUUUUGCGGAUAUUGUUUAGACUGCGAUCCGUUCUGCAACUGUGGUCACCCCGACUUGUUUCUUGCACAUUUUGUCAGAGGAGCAAGUGUGCCUGUGCCUUACACUUGUGGCAAGAAGAAGCACAUCACCAUCAUCAUCAUCACAACAUGGCCUCCUUUUUCCUGCCUUUUUCUCCCAUCGAAAUGCAAAGACCAUCAGGAAUUCAUCGUGUCCCAACAUCGAAAAUGUGCACCUCAUUUUUACCGUCUUUCCUUCAAUAAUGGCCUUAUUUACUUAAUAAUACUUGAACAAAUAAACCUGAUAUAUAGGGAGGGAACAACAGCUUGAAAUAAUUGGAUGGUGACAAUUGGUUUCAACACAAAGAUUUCUUUUGUGUCUUCACGAGAGUCCUCCACUCUGGUGGAUGACUCCUUCAUAUAAGCACCUCGGCAAUAAGCGGCCACUAUUCGAGGAAAUGUGGUAUUUUGAAUUUGUUCCACAAGUGUGUAAUCAAAGGUACACUGUGUUUUAGCGUUUUGAUUUGAAUACUUUUCACAGUUGCUCACUAUUAAACCUGUGUGUGUGUGUGUGUGUGUGUGCACGUGUGCGUGCGUGCGUGUGGCCUGAGGUCUUUGCAUUCUCAUCUAAAGUGUGCUGAGUGUUAAACGUGUGCUACUUUUGACAUUUGAGCUUUUGGUUUUGGUUUUUUUUCUGCCCAAAAGACAAAAGAAGAUAGAGAAGGGAAGGACGCUUGAAUUUAAAUGUUUGAUUUCAUCCAGCUUAUUUUCUUCAGUCCAAAACUGACAUCCAUGGACUUUUUUUUCAAUGGUGCCAAAAUAAAAGGCUUUGUUCAAAGUG